AUGGAUUCUACCUGGAACAUGUAUGACACCUUCAAAGAUGAGAUCUGGAAAGAGCUGGGACCACUGGACCCCGACUGGUUUCACGUCCUGACAGCUCAAAAGUCCACCAGUGAGGGAAAUGGGUCUGAUCAAGAUGACCUCUGCGCCAACCAAGAGGGAAACUUCAAAGCCCCCUGUGACAGAACCGCACUGGAAAGUCAGCUGUUCUCGACCCCCAAAGUUUUCAGACGCAGUCGAGUUGUGUCCCCGGAAACUGAGGGAGAGCAGUCGUUCACUGCUGAGCAAGAAAAAGAAGCAUGGAAGGAAACACAAAGUCCAUGUUUGUUUCACAUGACAAAAGAGAGGGUCCCUGGAUCAAAAUAUGGAGGUUUUGAUUUUCUUCAGGCCUCACCCAAAUCCCCAGUUAGCUAUGCCAAGCAAAUAUCUGAAAGUCUAGGUGCACAGAUUCAUCCGGACAUAUCGUGGACGAGUUCUCUGAACACCCCCCCUGCUGCGCCGUCCACUCUGAUUCUAUCUAAAACAGAUGAGAGUCCCAGUCCAAUGAGUGUUUCUGCAGACAGCAAUGUGGUUUUUGUACGGAAGCUUUUUCCUUCCCUUUCAAACGCAUCCGUACCUGCAGUAUCUCCCCAAAACAACCAUGUGCCGGCUCACACAGGUGUUGUUUCCCCUGAGGCUGGUCAGAAUCCAGAGUGUCAUAACUCCUCCCAGGAUUCACCGCAUCCAAGUCCGAGUGUUUGGCGACAGAAGCUUCCAGACGCUAUUGAGGAUGGGGAUGUACGAAGCACCGUGGCGAGUGUUCUUGAUGGAGCGGAAAAUGUUCUUUCCAUGUUUUUCUCCAACAGUAGUUCAGCCCUGAGGAAAGUGAAAACUGACAGAAUCAAGAGAAAACAGAUCAUUCUGUCAAAGGAACGUGGCUGCAGCUUUACGGACGUCUCAACUACUAACAACACUGCAUCACUGGUACAGAGAACAGAUGAUUGGGAACCUGUCAAAAUAUCCUCACCCCCACCACAGAAGACUAGAGAUACUGGAAUCACUCAGUGGUCGCCAUUGAGUUUAUCUGACAUUCCUCCCUCGACUGUAGAUUCCUCUUGCAGGGAUAAUAAUCAUGCUGCUACACAAGUGGACAACAAAACUCAACCAGAACAACUGCGGAGCAACUCUGACUCUGGCCAGCUCACAAGGCCGCAUUCCACAGGCUCAUACUAUGGAUUUACAAAGAAAAAGAGACAAUUUGUUUACACCAUUGAGAGUCCAAAACCACAAGCUCAAGGAGACAAAACACCUUCUGUGAAGAAUGACACCUCCCCCAGGCUUCCAGGUUCUAGGAACAAAGGGAGUGCCAAGCUGCUGGGGGAAAUCCAAGAUGAAGCAGACUGUUGCAGAAUCAAGGAGGAUAAGAUACAAAAACAGAAAAAUGUCACGGAUGUUCCUCUUCCUGUUCAACCAAAAGCCCAGGAGCUUGACAUGUCGCAGCUCUGCAGAGAUUUUGCACAAGACUUCAGUCAAAUGUUAGACCCCAGGAAACCAAGGGAAGUAGCAGAGGAUACUCCUCAAAAUGGCUUCUCUGCCUCAACUUGUCUGAACGCCUUGAAGCAAGCCAAACAGAGAGUGAGGCGAGCAAACGUUCCCCAUGACUGUGAUCACACCACUGAGAGAAAACCUGUUUCUGCCACUGCUCAGAAUUACUCCAUCAAUGAGGGAACAGUAGUUGACAGCGGAUUCCACUCUGCUGUUGCAGACGUCUCUCAUCUGACUUCCACAUCCUUUAUUCUCCCAAGCUCAGAGAACAUGGCUCAAAGUCAACAACGGACUGGCUUUAAAACUGAAACCCAAAGAGCUGCUUCUUCCCUAUCUACAAACAUUAAACAUGUAACAUAUAAUCAAGGAGAUGAAACUGAUGCCAAGCUGCUGAGUGCAUUGAAGGAAGGCCAGACACUGGGCCCUUGCAGAGAGAGCGAGUUUCACAUAGAGAGCACAUCAACAGAACUGCCCAGUGGUGCAACAGAAGGAGUUAAUACUAUCAAUCACUUUCCAGUCAAGUGUCCAAGUGAUGGCAACUUUCCAGAGAGAGAGACUGUGUCUCUUCCUUCCGUUCAUGCAUCAGGAUUCAAAACCGCUUCAAAUAAGACUAUAGAAGUUUCCCCAGCCCACCUGGAGAGAGCCAAGCAUCUGUUUGAAGAGACCGAAGCUGAAAGGCCAUUUAGUGCUGAGCCAAUCAAAAGAGGCGGCGGCGCUAAAGCGGAAAUUCGCAUCAGAAUGGAUUCAGUGAAAAAUACAAUCUCUGACUCAAAGCAGCCGACGUCGUCGACUGAAAGAUUUGGGGAUACAAGUUGUCAGCUAACAGCGUCACAAAAAGCUGACGUGACAGAACUGUGCACUCUCAUGGAAGAAGCUGAUAGCCAGUUUGACUUUACACAGGUCAGAACUGCAAAGCUACAGCAGCAUUGUCAAGAUAACGCCACCUCCCCUCAAAAAGCUGACAAAGAACUUGACCCUGAUUUUCUUAUGGGUAUUGAUUUCGAUGACAGCUUUAGUUCCGAUGCUGAAAAGCAUAAAAUGACAAACUGUGAGGCAUCAAAUCUGACAAAUAGAUCCACACUGACAAAAGAAAGUUCCUCCACUGAAGAUGCGUCUCCCUCUUCAAAGAGCAUCUCUGACAGAAGGCACUGUAUUGUGUCAGCUGAACCCCAAAAUCCUAACAGAGCUGGGUUCACUGAGACAAGCGAGCAGGAGAACAAAACCCCUUUGAUGCCUGGUGUUGGAUUCAAAACUGCGAGAGGAAGUGAUUUGAGAAUUUCAAAAGAGCAUUUGAGAAAAGCCAGAGCUUUGUUUGCAGAUUUAGGGGAAAAUCUGACUGAUCAGAAGUCGGCAGACAAGCUAAACAGUGACGCUGCUGCUAAAAUCGAGCAACGACAGAUCACCAGCAUUACAGAUACAAAUGCUGCAUUGACUUCUGAUAACAGCAAAAUGGACACAGCUUCGUACCGAAGUGGUUUCCAGUUGGCCAGUGGGAAAGGGGUUUCUAUUUCAGCGAAAGCUAUGCAAGAAGCCGAUUCUCUCUUCAAAGACUGCGACAUUACCGACAAUAAAUCUGCUGUCCCUGUAAAACAUCAAAAGAACACCGAACAGUUUCCUACAGUCAGUCACACGAAAAACCUUUUGAAAUGUAAAGGUAUCCAAGGAUGUAAGGAGAACUUUUCUGAAGAAGCAAUCGGGGAAUGUUCAAAAGCGGGUGCUGGACCAGCUGCCAGUCAUAGAAAGGUUGUACAGCAAAAAUCGACCGUAAAAGCAUUUUCUUCUCCCUCCUGCUCGACAUCAAAGAAUUCUGGCUCCUCUGGAAUGAAUCAGUCGAACAAUGGCGGAGGAUUCUCUACAGCCAGCGGGAAGAAAGUCUGUGUGUCGGCUGAUGCGGUGAAAAAAGCUGAGCGUCUGUUAAAUGAAAUUCAUGCACCUGAGGACACAAAGAUCCAACUGCAACAGGAAGGAGAUGCUUUAAGAACAGCUCAUGUGGCCGAUCAAAUUCAAGUUGGACCAAUUAAAAAUGGUGGAUUUCAAACAGCCAGCGGCAAAGGAGUCGUCGUCUCAGCCGCAGCUCUCAAGAAAGCUAAAUCGCUGUUGCUUCAAUGUGAAGCAGUCGAGGAUGAAAUCAAUGUAAAACCAUCUCACUCCAAGACGCCUGUUCGAGGUCUUGCAUCCAGGACAAGUGGAUUUCUUGCAGCCAGUGGGAAACCUGUGGGACUUUCCGCUGAGGCCCUCCGGAAAGCAAAAGCUCUUUUCAGUGACAUCACUCUCAGUGCGGAGCUCCCAGCGGUUUCAGACACAAAGGAGACUCAAGGCAACACUGAAGAUUCAGACAAAACACACAGUGGUUUCAUGACUGCAGGGGGCUUGUCUAAGAAAAAAAAGUUCAAAGCAAAAAACAUUUUGAAAGAAUUUGAUAACGGUUCUGAUUCGGUAAGAUCGCUGCAAGAAGCAGAGGCUUUCUUCGAAGACUGCGACAUUAUGGACAGAAACAACGGCACCACGGUUAAGUAUGAGAGUGGUGUAGCACCUGUGAGUGGAGGUGGCAGUGAGAAGGAACAAUUGAAUGUGGGACCACAUGUAAAUGAGAAAGGUUUUCUGCAUCCCGGUGAUGUGAGGAAACUUGAAGAUUUGACCGAUGGAAACCCAUCAAAGCAUCUUUCAACCCCGUUGUGCACAACAUCAGAGAAAACUGGUUCCUCUGCUUGUAAUACAUUUAGCAGCGGUGGUGGGUUCUGUACAGCCAGUGGGAAAAAAGUAUGUGUGUCAGAUGAUGCAAUGACUAAAGCAAUGUCACUAUUGAAUGAAAGUGCUUUGCUUACAGAUACAAACAAAAAUCUGAAACAAAAAGAAGACAGUGGGACGCUUCAGAGUGCUGGAAAAGGAGUCGCUCUUUCAUUUGCAGCCCAGAAUAAAGCAAAAACAACAAAUACCAAGUUGCCAGUUUCUUGUUCACCACAGAGGAAAGGGGGAUUCCUUGCAGCCAGUGGUAAACCGGUGGCAUUUUCACAUGAAGCCCUCCAAAAAGCAAAAGCACUCUUCAGUGACAUGGAUCUCAGUGCAGAGAUCCCGACUGUUUCAGGCACAAGAAAGAGCGACAAACACCAAGAGGCUCAGAAUAGUGCAGGAAAAAUAAGUUGUGGUUUCUCAACUGCAGGGGGAGCUAAAGUCCACGUGUCACAGACAAAUCUUCUGAAAGCAAAGAACCUUUUCAAAGAAUUGGCAGAUGAAGAGACUCGUCCCUCGGACUCGUACUCAACAAGCUCACGUGCCUGCAAGUCGGAUCCACCAAAUAUAAAAAAUGUGGAAAGAAGUACAACUUGUUCUUUCACCACAGCGGGUGACAAGGACACGUCUGCUCAGGAAAGUGUCUCUGAAGUCGUUGAAUCUAUUCAGUCUGUGAUGACUGACCCUGAAAAGGAAACUCUCAGAGAAAAGGCCCUUAAAGGUGCAUCUGAGGUAAAGGAAGGUAAAACGUCUGUAUCAUGGGAGAGUAAGCCACACGACACUCUUUUAAAGGAAACAGCAAACAUGUUGGGUUGUGAAGUUAAACGUACAAACUGCGGUGAGGGACCAAAGUCCAAAAGGCCGGAGGAGUCUUCAUUUCAAAUGUUUCCAUCACUUCACUUCAGUGGCUGCUCUGAGACCCAGCAGAGGUUUCUCGCCCAGGAAGCUCUCGACUGCACCAAAGCUUUGUUAGAGGAUGAAAGUCUCUCAGUGACAUCAGAGAAUGAGCCACUGCAAGAUUACCCAGGAUCCAAUGCCACAUCUGCAGAGGAACAGAAAGGAAGAGGGAAAAGAUUGGGAGACGAUACAAAUAUGACUUGUCAGCCUCCCCUGAAAAGACGAUUACUGGAGGAAUUCGAUCGGACUGUUGUUGGUCCGAGAGCUUCAACACUACAUCCACAGAAAACUUGUCCAAACAGUGUAAUGAAAGACAGGAGAGCUUUCAACUUUCAAGCCUCUCCUCAUCCUAAUGUCACACAGCCACACAGCAAUGGAAAAAACUAUGUGGAAACCAAACUGCAAAACACAACACCAGCACAACAGUUUACCUCAGGAGGAAGCAGGUCAGCGCAUUCAAACAUGCCAGCGUUUGCUCCUCCAUUCCUCAAGAACGCAAAGAUGGAGACCUGCAAGGAUGCAGUGCUCAAAGUCAACACAAGAACACCUCCUGCAUUUGUUCCUCCUUUCAAAAAACAAAGAACUAUUGUCCAGGAGAGUUCCUGUAAACCACAGCAGGAGGAGGACAAACACCAGCAUCUCUUUGUAACACCCACUAACCGCAGCACUGUCUUACCGCCCACUAAAAAAACACAAAGCAGUGCAGAUGUAGCUGGUAAUACAAGCAAAGAAGAUAUUCCACAGGUGGCCUUGGCUGACACAAAGCAUGAUUAUCUGACUGAUAAUCACAAUGUUCCUGUUGCCUGUGGUUCAGGAGACUCUGCUGCAAAGGCAACACGUGAGGACGACAUGUUUUCCAGAAGCCAAGACAUGUUUCAGAAUUUUGAAAAUGUGGAGUUGGCACGGGAUAUGCAAGACAUGAGAAUCAGGAAAAAGAAGCGGCAGACGAUCCGACCGUUGCCGGGAAGUUUGUUUCUAACCAAAACCUCGGGGGUUUCAAGGAUCCCAUUAAAAGCUGCUGCAAAUGGAAACCUCCCUGGGAGAUACACCUCAAAACAGCUGUAUGGAUAUGGAGUUCAUCAACAUGUGUCCGACAUCAGCAGCGAGACAGCCGAGGCUUUUCGUUUCAAUUUGCAUCAGUUCCUGAAACUGGAAGCAUUUACAGACGGAGGUGGCGUUCAGCUGGCUGAUGGAGGAUGGCUAAUCCCCAGCAAGGAUGGGACUGCAGGAAAAGAAGAGUUUUAUAAAGCCCUGUGUGACACUCCAGGUGUGGAUCCUAAACUGAUGAGUGAGGAGUGGGUGUUCAAUCACUUCAGAUGGAUCGUGUGGAAACAAGCCUCCAUGGAAAGAUCUUUUCCAGAAACAAUGGGAGGCCUCUGUCUCACGCCACAGCAGGUUCUCCUUCAGCUCAAGUACAGAUAUGAUGUAGAGAUCGACCACAGCCGUAGACCCGCUCUGAGGAGGAUCAUGGAAAAGGACGACACAUCAGCCAAGUCCCUGGUUCUCUGUGUUUGCGGGGUCGUCUCCCAGGGACACUCCUCAAUCCGACCAACUCGCAGUGACACCAAGACUCCACAAGGGGCAGAUGCCAAGGUCGAACCCCCCUCUGCAGUAGUUUGGCUGACGGAUGGAUGGUACCCCAUCAAAGCUCAGCUAGAUGAACCUCUGACUGCCAUGCUUCACAAAGGUCGUCUGGCUGUCGGCGGGAAGCUGAUCGUCUACGGGUCUCAACUGGUGGGAUCCCAGGAGGCUUGUUCCCCUCUGGAGGCACCGGAGUCCCUCAUGUUAAAGAUUUGUGCCAACAGCACCAGACCUGCACGGUGGGACACCAAGCUGGGAUUUCACAGAGAUCCCCGGCCGUUUCUGCUGCCUUUGUCCAGUUUGUACAGCAAUGGAGGACCAGUUGGAUGUGUGGACAUUACCAUACUCAGAAGCUACCCCCUACAGUGGAUGGAGAGGAAACCAGAUGCGGGCGUUGUGUUUCGUUCUGGUCGUGCAGAAGAGAAAGAGGAGAGACGAUACAGCAGCCAAAACCAAAAGUCCAUGGAGAUUCUUUUUGCAAAGAUACAAACUGAAUUUGAAAAAGAGCAGACAGGUAAAAACAAACCUCAACGCAGAAGACGCACAAUUAGUCGUCAGGAUAUUGCAAAUCUGCAAGAUGGAGAGGAGCUGUAUGAAGCAGUGGAGGAGGAUCCAGCUUACUUAGAGGCUCAUUUGAGUGAGCAACAGAUGGAGACUGUUCAAACCUACAGACGCUCUCUGAUGGAGAAGGAACAGGCUGAGCUACAGGACCGAUACCGUCGUGCUCUAGAAGCAGAGAGCGCUGACGGGACCUGUCCCAAACGAGACGUCACACCUGUGUGGAAGCUCUGCGUUUCGGACUCUAUGGGCAGUGGCAGUGUUUACCAGUUGAGUUUUUGGCGACCCUCCUCGGAUCUUCAGGCUUUAGUGAAGGAAGGACGUCGAUACAAAGUUUAUAAUCUCUCCACUUCAGAGGGAAAGAAACGCAGCGGAAUCGAAACGGUUCAACUCACUGGGACCAAGAAAACCCAGUUUCAGGACCUGCAGGCCCAGGAAUGGUUAUCAGAACAGUUUCAACCCAGGGUUUCUACCAGUUUCGUGAAUCUUCAAAACCCAGAGUUCCAGCCGCUGUGUGGAGAAGUGGAUUUCACAGGAUUUAUCAUCAGUAUCAUGGAUGGACAGGGUUCCUCUCCGGCAUUUUAUCUGGCUGAUGGAGAACUGAACUUUGUUAAAGUGCGCUGUUUCAGCAGCUUCGCUCAGUCCGGCCUGGAGGAUGUGGUAAAGCCACGUGUGCUGUUGGCUCUGAGCAACCUGCAGCUGAGAGGUCAGUCCCUGUCUCCCACUCCUGUUGUCUACGCUGGAGAUCUGACCGUCUUCUCUACGAACCCCAAGGAGGUUCAUCUACAGGAAUCCCUCAGCCAACUCAGAAACCUGCUCCAGGGUCAGCAGAACUUCUUCCUUACUGCUGAGGAGAAACUUUUACAUUUACUCAAGUCCGAUGGCCUAAGAUCCAUCUCUUCUCCAGCUGUCCAGCCUCUAACCCCAGCUUGUGCAACUGACAGAAGACAAGACACAAAGACAAGCCUGAUCGCUCAGCAGCCAAUCAGAAGCUUCGGAUCCUCCACCCCUGUUAGCGGGAAUCCACCUGCACCAACGUCUCUAACAGAGAAAGACCCCAAAAGCCUGAAGAGGAGAAGAGCUCUGGACUAUCUGAGUCGCAUCCCGUCUCCACCGGCUCUCUCCAAUCUGGGCUCGGUAGCGACUCCGUGUGUGAAGAAGACGUUCAACCCUCCUCGGAGGUCUGAGACACCGAGCACUUUAAAGACAGAACAGACUCCAGCUCGCAAACCUGUCGUCUCACCGAAGGAAGGCGAAUGGGUGAACGACGAGGAGCUGGCGAUGAUUGAUACUCAGAACCUGGGUGUUGGUGAUUCAAUACAUAGUUACAGCGUGUUUCACUACAAGCAGGUGGCGCUGCAGCGCUCGGUGACGACUUAUCCGGCCGACACACACAAGAAGAAGAGGAAGGAGAGCUUCCGUAAACAAGGCAGCGGUUUGGAAGCUGAUUUCCCGGUUUUAUAUUUCAUUAACUUUACCGCCAUCAUGCACGAAGCCUGGGUUUAUAUGAUGGGUGGGAAAGCCUCCUACACGCCCUACCCUACUGUACACAGAGGCCGUGCCCGGGGGUUUAGAGGUGGAGGACGUGAUGGAGGACGUGAUGGAGGACGUGGUGGAGGACGUGGUGGAGGACGUGAUGGAGGACGUGGUGGAGGACGUGGUGGAGGGCGUGAUGGAGGAGGUUAUGGAGGACGUGAUGCAGGAAGUUAUGGAGGACGUGAUGCAGGACGUGAUGCAGGAAGUUAUGGAGGACGUGAUGCAGGAAGUUAUGGAGGACGUGAUGGAGGACGUGAUGCAGGACGUGAUGGAGGACGUGAUGCAGGACGUGAUGCAGGACGUGAUGCAGGACGUGAUGCAGGACGUGAUGCAGGACGUGAUGCAGGACGUGAUGGAGGACGUGACCAGGCCACUACUAGGCCUGUGAUCAGCGACAGCAUCAAGAGGGAGCGUGUGAUCAAGCAGGUCGGACUCACCAGCAGCACGUUCAUCGGCCCCGAGUUCCCUCCGCCGACACCCGCCCCGAAGAAGGCGAAGAAGCCGAAGAAGGCGAAGGAAACAAAGGACACGAAGGAUACAAAGGAAACGAAGGACACAAAUGACACGAAGGACACGAAGGACCCAAAGGACCCAAAGGAGUCCGUGGACAUCGAGGACACGCUGAGCGAGUUCUACAAAGAGCUGGAGCAGAUCGACACGCCCGACGGUGACGAUGGGAACGAGAGGAAACCAGAGGAAGGUUUUGCUCGACCAGCAGCGCCUCAGCAGAUGCGGGUCGCCGGCCGCGAGAGAUCGUCUAACGCCGGCAGCUCUUCAGAAGCAGACGGCUGGAGGAGGAGCGAUGGAGAGAGGCCGGCGUCCUGGCCACACUGGUAUGACAAUGCGCCGUAUCAACCCAGGGGGCCGAGGCCGGGCGUGGACCCGAACCCUCAGAACCAAUGGCGUCACCCUCAUCCACAGAACGGACCACCAAACCCAGGGUUACACGGACCCCCAUUCCGUCAUCCACUGCCCCCACAGGCAUUCCAGGGCCCACAAAACCCGCCGGCACGAGUGAAUCCCAACUGGAGCGGUUCAGGCCCGGCAAACCAGUAUCCAGAGUUCCCUGGCGUCCCAUCUCCGAAUGUGCGCGGAGUCGGACCCCCCUCUCAGGCCCCUUAUGCAGAGUACCACUCCGACAGGGAUGAGCGGGUUCGCAGCUACGAUGCGUUCUCAGCUAACGGAAGCAGAGGUCACGACCAACACCGAGUGUUUAACUCAGAAACGGAAUCGUGGGAGCCACAGCCUCAAAGCAGCAGACCCCCCGAUAACACUCAUGCCCACGGGUCUUCCCUGGUUCUGAUCCUGUUGAGGGGACUGCCAGGAUCUGGGAAAUCAACACUUGCCAGGGAGCUGGUCACAACUGGUCCCAGUGGGGUCAUACUGUGCACAGACGACUACUUUGUCCACGAGGACGACUUCUGCUAUGAACCAUUCCUUCUUGGAGAGGCUCAUGAGUGGAACCAGAGCAGAGCCCAAGAUGCUAUGCAUGAUCGCCGGUCUCCAAUUAUUAUCGAUAAUACAAACAUCCAAGCCUGGGAGAUGAAGCCAUAUGUCAAAAUGGCAUUGGAGCGAGGAUACCAAGUCGACUUCUGUGAACCUGACACCAGCUGGAAGUUGGAUCCUUACGAGCUCCAGAGGAGAAACAAGCACGGGGUUUCCCAGGAGAAGAUCGCCAGGAUGCUGGGUCGCUUCACAUUCCCCAUUUCCAUAGACACUGUCCUGAGUUCCCAGGAGCCACCUCACGUCGACCAGCGGCAUCGACCAGAGCCGCCGCGACCAUGAGGGGGGGGGGGCAGAGAGCUCCAGUAGUUGAUACAAGGAUCUAACCAGCCAAAUCAUUUUGCCUAGCAAAAUAUAUUUUUCACUGCUGCUGUUGUUUCUUUCUUUGUAUUAAUUUAUAAUUUUAUAUGAUGCAAAUUUGUGCAAAGGGAGAGCAAAUAUAUUUUCAACGGGGAAAUUGUCAUGUGUGAUACUUUUUUCUAAGAAAAGACAAAAUCUGCAUUGUUUUUGCAGUUUGUAUUUUUACGACAUUUCACACUUGUAUUUUGUGUGUUCCUUGAAAUAGGCAACAACACAUAAAGCUAUUAUUUCUCAUAAUCAAUUAACAGUUUCUUCGUUAAGUUGUUUCCUGCAGCUUCUGGUUCGCUGAAAUCUGCAGAGUAACUAAGAAGUUUCUGUUCCGGUAAAUCUCUUGUUUCAUAGUUAAUUUUUCUCCAUGGUUCUGCAAAUAAACCGUGGAAACACACACACUGUUAAUUUCUUCACUCCAAUCUUUUUUUAAUAAAAUGAGCAUUUAGCUUAUUAUUAAACUGAACAAAAAAUUAUGUUUCAAGGGAAAUCACACUUUUCUAUUUAUUGAUGUUACAACAAUUGGACUUAGAGCAACUUCUGUUAAUUUUUUUUUCAGUUUUUUGUCUAAAAUUUGCAAUUGUAAAUAUAACAGUUUACCAAAAACACUGUUGGACAACAAUGAAUUAAACCUUGGUCCUGUUUAACUUUAGUCAGGACUUUUGUUUGUCUGGACUUUUUGUUUGCUCAAACACGAGUCCACAUUUUUACCAGUGUGAAAAUCUUCCCAUUAAAUUUCUGAAAUAUUCA